CCCAAUGGGCGAAAGCCCCAUCAAGUUUGGAAAAUUUUCGAUAGUGAAAAUACUCGAUCGUUUUGAAAAACUAUCCAUAGUGAAAAAUAAGUCAAAACCAUCGAUAGUACUGACAGUGCCAUCGAUAGUUUGCCAAUACUAAUCGGCACUAGUAAUCCAUUAUUUUACAAACGGCAAGUUGGAUAUUGUGCUCCUUUCAUAGUUUUUAUUUAAAUAAUUGGAGUUAUGCUACGAAAGCUAAUACAGCACAUAAACAAAAGGAGCAUAUUAGUGGCUAUUUCAUCUGACGCUCAAAAUGUUGGCGCAAGAAAUCUUUGUACGACAGCUUGUCUGCGAAAAAGUGAAAAAGAUCUACAAAGUCCGAAGAAUAUUAUUGUCGACAAAGACAAAAAUGUCACUUUAAUUGGUAUAAAUCGGCCACAAGUUCGAAAUGCAAUUAAUGCAGCUACUGCAAACCAACUUUGUGAAGCGUUCACUGCAUUUGAGGCUGAUGAAACAUCACCUGUAGCAGUUUUGUACGGCAUUGGUGGAUCCUUUUGUGCUGGCUAUGAUAUCCUAGAGCUUGGAAAAGAUGGCGGAGAACAGGUUAGCAUCGACAUCCUAAUGGCCCAUGAAGGGUCGGUCGGACCGACACGGCGACACAUACAAAAGCCGGUAGUUUGCGGAAUUAGUGGUUAUUGUAUCGCAAAUGGCUUAGAACUGGCACUAAUGUGUGAUUUGCGCGUAAUGGAAGAAACGGCAGUACUGGGAUUCUUCAAUCGACGUUUUGGAGUGCCUGUUAUUGAUGGUGGUACAGCUCGGCUACCUGCAAUAAUUGGAUUUUCACGGGCAUUAGAUUUGAUAUUGACGGGACGACAGGUGUGCGCCGAUGAAGCACUUUCGAUGGGUGUUGUGAACCGUGUCGUGCCGCCCGGUCAGUCAUUAAUUAAAUCCGUAGAGUUGGCACAGACACUGGCGAAAUUUCCGCAACGUGCGCUUAAUCACGACCGAAAUUCCCUGUAUUCAGCCGUUUUCGAUGCAGCAAACUUUAAUCAGGCCGUACAAAAUGAAGUUAUGUACACUUCCAAGGAGAUAAUUGAGGAAAUGCAACAGGGCAUUAAAUGGUUCAUACAAAGUAAGUAAUACAAAAAUUAGAAU